ACACCGAAACUCACGCGCGAAAAAGGCGCGUGAAAGAAGGAAGAGGAAGAGUGAAAACAAAGAGAGAUGACGAUUCUUUUCUUCACUCUUCCACCGUUUCAUCUUUAUCAUCAUCACCAUCUAUCUAUCUCUCUCUUAACUUUUCGUCAAAAGAUGAUACGAAGUUCUCUUUUAAUGUUGUGAAUAUACACAUUAUACGUAGAGAAGCACACACACACACUCUACUGUAGCUCUCUCAGAGACCAAAGUUCUGAUCAGAGUUAUCUAUCUCUGCCCUCGAGAUUCUCUAGAAGCUUGUUAAGGUUCGAUGGGUAAUAAUCUGGGAAAGAAGAGACAAGUUGUGGACGAAAGAUACACAAAGCCACAGCAAGGUUUAUUAUACAUGAACAAAGAUGUCGACUUCAAAAAGGUUAAGAAACUCAUCUUAGACUCUAAGCUCGCUCCUUGCUAUCCUGGUGCUGAAGAAACCACUUGUCACGAUCUCGAAGAAUGUCCCAUUUGCUAUCUGUACUAUCCCAGCCUCAAUAGGUCAAGAUGUUGUUUGAAAAGCAUUUGUACAGAGUGUUUUCUGCGGAUGAAGAAUCCUAGUUCAUCUCAACCUACUCAAUGUCCGUAUUGCAAAACAUCAAACUAUGCUGUUGAGUACCGUGGAGGGAAGACUAAAGAGGAGAAGAGCAUUGAACAGAUUGAAGAGCAGCGAGUUAUAGAAGCCAAAAUAAGGAUUAGGCAGAAGGAAGUCGAAGAAGAUGAAGAAAGAAUGCAGAAACGUCUGGAAUCACCUUCUUCUAGGACAAGUGAAGUGACAGCUGAUACUGAAUAUGGUUCUGCUGCAGAGGAGGAUGAGGAAACUGUUUCAUCUCAAGACUCAUGUCUUACAUCACACCCUCGGGUUAGCAGGGAUGGUGAGUUUGACUAUGAUCUUGAGGAUAUAAUGGUGAUGGAAGCAAUAUGGCUCUCGGUUCAGGAACCUGGAAGUCAGAUGAAUAACUCUCCUGAAGAAGAUCAUAAUGUAGGACCAUUGAUGCCGUUGUCUUCAUCAUCUUCCCCAUCUGGUGGGCUAGCUUGUGCAAUCGCUGUUCUUGCUGAACGCCAGCAAAUGGUUGGCGAAUCUUCCUCCAAUCAAAACGUUAGCAUUUCAUCACACAACAUGGGUCCGGGCAUGUGCAACAGCAGUCAUUACAAUGCCAUGGAACAAGAUAGUAACCAUUACCGUCAAGCAACAGGAAUCAGCGAUACAAUGAGAUCUGAUUUGACUGACGAUAGUGGCAGAGAGGUUUCCAGGGAAGUUACAUGGCAAUAGUGUUUCCCAAAGGAAAGCUAAAGUUCUUCAUAGUCUUUGCUUUAUGUAUAUGUUAGUGUGAGUUUGGUGAUCUUGGAUUGUAGUUUGCAGGAUGUUUGUUGAUCAUUUCAUACAUGUACCAAUAGGAAAAAUAUUAAAUGGUUUUCAGUUUUUUAAUAUAAAAGGUUUUGAUUAUCAAUA